AGAAAACCAUGGAAACGAAAAAGACACAGACUUAAUAAUUAUGUCUAUAUAGCCAAUAGAACAAGUUAGGCACUGUACGAGUCAGCCAACCUGAAUACAAAAGUUUAUAGUGAACGUUCUCCAAUCUACAUGUACACAAUCUAUAGCUUGAGGAAACAUACGAAAGCAAUGGAUCGAUAUCUAUCUCCAUCGACACAAAGGGAACGAAAGAAUGAACAGCUACAACAAGUGAGCAGUCACAGUCCGUCAGCUCAACACACAAAUAAAUCACCACUGAUUGUGAGUAUUCCACGCUCAAUAAGAGAACAACAUAUCACUGACACAGCCUCUAAUGAUCCAAGAGAAACACAUGCAGAACAAGAACAAUCCAAACAAUCUCACUCUGAUAUCAACUCCCAACUAGCUAGGAAAAGGUUGCAUACUAGAACCAGGGGCAAACAGUGUCAACCUAGCUUCACUUUGCAAGGUGCUAGUCCAUCAACUACUCCACCAGCUAAAAGGGUUCACCCCGACAGCCCUCAACAGUUGGCAGGUAGCUCACGUCAGUACGAGAGUGAUGAUACAUGUACAGAGCAGUAUGAAAGUGAUAACUCUGAUAGUGAGACUGAUCAUCACACAAGCCAACGGCAUUCUAUAGCAAGUUCUAAUCAGACAACACCGGCUGGUAGUCAAUACUUACAUUUCAACGAAAUGUACCAAGAACUUUACGAAGUCAGUACAAAAUGGUACAACCUAGGCCUAGCACUGGGGCUUGCUCCACAUACCCUCAAUAUCAUUAAACACAAUAAUAAAGAUGAUUGUGAAACCUGUUUAAGGGAAGCCCUAGAACAACGAGAUAACAACACAAACUUAACAUGGGAAGAAAUAGACAAAGCUUUAAGACAACCUACUGUUCAAAUGAUUGCGUUGGCUAAUAACAUACAAGAAAAGGUCUCCACAAAAAGCUUAUCAACAAGUAGCUCACAGCCUAGCAGUGACCCCACUCCAGAAUGUGUUGUGAGGUACACCAGCUUCCUCAAAGACAGGUACAAAAAGAUGUUACCUUUUCCAGAUGAUUGGCCACCACCAUUGAGAAAGAAGUUUACAAAACUAGCUCUAAUAGAGAGAAAUAAACAGAUUCGCUUAACUCAAGCUAAACACCAAUCAUCAAUCCAGUAUGAUUACGCUACUGGUAAUGUGGACAAUAUUGUUGAGAGAAAGAAAGCGAUUACGCUAGAACAGAUCUUCGAGCCUAUAAGUGGCGAUUUUGAAAUAGCUGCACCAAACAGGUACACUGUUGUAAUGGACGGAGCCCCAGGAGUAGGCAAAACCACACUCAGCAGGAAGAUGUGCAUUGAUUGGGCACAAGGGAAGCUCAUCAUCAAGGACCACCAGGGGCGGAUCCAGGGGUGAUUUUGAGGGGCUGAAGCCCCCCCCCUUUUGAAAAACUACCUAUGUAUUGCUAGUCUGAGGUUACAACAAUUUUGCCACCAACCUUGUUACUUAUGCAUCUGCAUGUAGACUCACUGACUUAAGAGAUGCUAGACAAUAGCCAAGUCUAGCUACUAAGAGUAUAAAGGAUGUAGGCUAGCUAGCUGGACAUGCAUACUAUACUAGCUAGUAGCUAGAACUAAUAAAGUGCAUAGGUCAAUUAUUGCUGUUGCUGAGUCAGCUCCUUGUGCAAUGUUUUGUAGCCUCGAUCAUAUCCCAGGCCUCUUUUCCUAGGCCUUGUGAAGGAGGCUAUUGUGCAUGCUGUUGAGCUGCAACAUGAUGGAGCAGAUCUCAGACUUUUUCAGCUAGUUGCAAGGAAGCAGCCUUAUCUCCUCUCACUCUCAGUGCAGUCUGGGUAGGCAUUGUGAUUCUUUCAUGUACCAAGAGUGCAUGAAUGUAGAUGUAACAUCUACAGUAUACAUCCUUUUGUUGAUCAGAACGAGUUUUUUGUAUUAACUUUUUCAUACAUUCAGUAUUCACUUAUUAAUAUGACAGUUCAAAGGUAAAAGUGUGAGCAAAUUGUAAAAAGCAAAAAAUUUCGCCUCCGGCGAGGCGGGAGGGGGAUGCUCCCCCUCCCAUACCCACCCCCUGGGUGGCUCCGCCACCCUCGUACGGGGCUUCGCCCCUUUCUACUAGCCCCCCCCUUUCAUUUUUCCUGGAUCCGCCCCUGACCACCACAUUGUUAUCCUCAAACCACUAAGGGAACUAAGAAGUCCCACAGCUGCCUCACUCUCUGACCUAAUAAACGCUGACGACCCUGAACUAAAGGAUCAAAUCAUAAAGCAUAUACAAAAGACCUCAGGUUCUAGAGUCAUG